GCCAAGGAUUACCAGCCUGGUGACAAAGUUAUACUAGAAGCUACUAACCUGACUACAGAUUGCCUAAUGAAGAAGUUGGACAACAAGUGCUUUAGACCCUUUAUUAUUGAAAAGAAGGUUGGUGCCUCUGCCUAUAAACUCCAACUUCUAGCAACAUGGAAGCACAUACACCUAGUGUUUAACAAGGUUCUACUGUCUUAG